CCUGACAGCUGGAGCAGUUGACGCUUUUGACCUUCAGUCUUUUCACUUUUGUGAUGUGCGCAAGUGAACAGCAAAAAGUCACCAAGGAUCUAUUCCUCCCCCUCAGCACGGCUCCCGUCGGGCAUCCGCCAUCGCCAUCGUCUUCGGCAUCGUCGGCAUCGCCGGCAUCGCCAUCGCCAUCGCCAUCGCCAUCGUCUUAAGAGUGUCAAUCCUGCGUUUUUGACGUCCACUUUUUCCCUCAAGGAUACCGCAUGACACACGGGCAGUUGAGAGAAGGUUUUCCGAUGCUCGCCGACUCACGACAACCAACCGACCUCCGUUCCGAAGUAUCCGCAACCCAAACAGAGCUAUCACGAUGUCUCACCCAGAUAACAUCCCUAAACCCGCCAACCCGUCUCGCUGGCUUCGCUGCCCUGCGCCAGAUCCUAGAAAGCGAGGAGGAUGAGGAGGCGUUCAGGGAGACGCAGCGGGUUUCGGAGUGUGAAGUGAUGCAAACCCUUCUGACCCUUCUGCAAAAGCAUCUGCCAAAGCAUAGCCACCCACCCCACCGCAACCACACGCCACAGAACCCCUCGCUCUCCCUGCUCGCCCUCGACAUCCUCCAAGGCGUCGCCCUCCGAGACGCUGCGUCGAAGAGUGUGGUUGGGCGGGGCGGGAUGGAGACGCUCGCGACCUAUGCACUGAGCCACACCGACGCACUGACGGCAGCUGCGGCACUCGAGGCGAUACAGUGUAUCUUGGUCGACUCGUGCGUGAAUCUGGAGAUAUUCGAUACAUCCCCGCACCUCCUCGCCAUCUGCGCCCUGCUCAAACAAGCCGAGGUGCCUUUCCUCGUCAAACGUAAAUGCAUCGAACUCCUCACCAUCUAUCUGUCCGCACCCCCGACAACAGAAGACACGCGCAACGACUCAGACCGACAGGAACGAUGGGUGGGGAAGCAGGGGGAGAGACAGGCGAGGGUGGCACGGGUGUUGGGGCAGGGGUUUGUGAGGCGGUUGGGGGGCGGGGUGGGCUGAGUUCGGUGCGACAAGUCGGGACAUUGGGGAAAGUGGAGCGGGAUGAAUUUUUGGGA